AUGACAGCGGUAUCAAAUAUGGUCAAUUUCAAUAUGAACGGCGGUGGUGGUGGUGUUCGAAGCACAAUGCCAAAUGUAACACUGACAAUACAGCCGUCAACCUCAUCGUCGACGAUGCAACAACCGAAAAUGAUGAUGAACAACUAUCAUCAUCAUCAGCCGAGGUUUCAGCGGAACGAUGGGAUGCAGGAUGUGAUGGGUGAUGGCCCCGGACGACGGCUGAGGAAGAAUGUGGCGAAUGUCAGAAGACACGUGGAUUAUGUGUCGACAGUGCUGAAUCAUUGCGAGAAUCGUUUAUGGCAAUACGGGAAGCAACGUGUCCUGCAGCAACCGGAUAUCCUUUACCAACCACUUGCAGUACCUGCAGACUCAACGCCAGACGUUCCUGUAGACUGCAUAUUGACCAAAUUCAUUCGAACCGCCAUGAACAAAGUCAAGUGUCCGGUGUACAGUGUUUGUUGGUCCCCGGAGGGGAAACGCUUGAUCACUGGCUGCCAAACGGGCGAAUUCACGCUUUGGAACGGAACCGCAUUCAAUUUCGAGACCAUUCUACAGCUGAAAAUUCAAUUUUUCCGUCGAUUUUCCACCAUUUUGCAGGCUCACGACUCGGCGAUUCGUGCUCUGAAAUGGGCGUCAAAUGAGCAAUGGCUUCUGAGUGCCGAUCAGGGUGGAUAUGUGAAAUACUGGCAACCGAAUAUGAACAACGCGCACAUGUUCUCCGCGCAUAAGGAUGAGGCGAUUCGAGGAUUGGCUUUCUCCCCAACCGACGUCAAAUUCGCAACUGCUUCUGACGACGGUACCGCCCGCGUUUGGGAUUUUGCCCGCUACACCGAAGAACGGCAAUUGAGAGGUCACGGAGCUGAAGUUCGUUGCAUUGAUUGGCAUCCAACUAAAGGAUUGUUAGUUACGGGCUCUCGAGACACUCAACAACCAGUGAAGAUUUGGGAUCCCAAGACUGGAUCUUGUCUGGCAACGCUUCAGGAGCACAAGAGCAGUGUGAUGGCGGUGGAGUUCAAUAAAAAUGGGAAUUGGUUGUUGACCGGUGGAAGGGAUCACUUGGUGAAGAUGUACGAUAUUCGGAUGAUGAAGGAAGUGAAGACAUACCGUGCACACAAGAAGGAAGUCAUUUCUCUGGCUUGGCAUCCAAUUCACGAAGGACUCUUCGUUUCCGGCGGUGGCGACGGUUCGAUCGUCUAUUGGAUGGUCGACGGCGAGAAAGAGAUUGGCCUUCUGGAACACGCGCAUGACCAAGCGAUCUGGUCCAUGAAGUGGCAUCCACUGGGUCACAUUCUCGCCACCGGCUCCAACGACAAUAAUACCAAAUUCUGGGCGAGAAACCGUCCCGGAGAUACGGUAGAAGACAUUUUCGGCCUGAGCAAUACUACAAUGAUUGGACACUUGGAUAAGGAGCGAGAGCCACGGUUGGCGCCACCAAAGCCAUCUCAAGAGGCCCAGGAGGUCUACAAAACGGAUACCUUUAUUCCAGGAAUGGGACUGGAUGAGAAUCUCUAUGAGCAAUUGAAUCGAGAAGGAAAUAUGCUGGCAUCAGACUCGGCGUUGCUGGUCCCAGAUGACAUGUCCCGUCAGAAUAUGGUCCCUCAAAUCGGUGCGAAGAGAACGCUUAUCAAGCAGCCACCAGCGAAAAAAGCGCAAAGACAAUUCGAGAGAAUGUGGAAUAAUUCAAAGGGAAUCGGCGCGGGAACCGAUGAUUUCGCGGCAAUGAUCGGAGGAAUGGGUCGAGAGGAUGCGGAAGGUUAUCAGCCACAGCCAUCACAAAGCUUCCUAGGACCACCGACGACAGGUGGAAGCUUACUGGGACCGAGUCAGCCGAGGCCGCAAGGACCACAAGGACCACCACAAGAAUAUCAUCAAGUGCCACCGCCAAACCAAGGAGCACCGUGGAGAGGAGGUCAUGGAGGCCCUGGUGGACCCCCUGGCAACAACUAUGGACCACCACGAGGGCCUGGAGGAUGGGGACCUGGAAAUCGGCCUGGUGGAAACUAUGGACCACCUCAACGAUCGUUUGGACCACCACCACAGGCUCAAGGAUCAUUUGGAUCCUAUCAACAACAACGUCCCCACCCACCUCAACAACAACAGCCAACCGGAGAUAUUGACUACCGAAACCCGGGAAAUGCGAAUCCAACCGGUGACGUGGAUUUGAGACAAAUGCCUGCACAACCUGGCCCGCCAGACUCUUGGAGAGGCGCUGGACCCCCGCCACCACUACCACAAGCACAACAACAGAAUAGAGCUCAAGUGAAUGAUCCGAGAAGAGAUCCGAGAAUGAUGGCUCAGCGGCCUGGCCCAAUGAGCCCACCUGCAAACCAACAACCACCACCACCUUCUCAAGCUCAAAACAACCAAUGGAUGCCACAAUUCGACGGAGGAGCUCCGAAUCGUCGUGGUGGACACCGAGGAAGGGGGCGGGGACAGCCCUAUUAG